CCUUUGCUGUAUGACGGGAGUAAACUCGGAGUUGAGUUAUUUACCCAGUCUGUUUUCUAGGAUGACUUAUUUCGUUAUGCUUUUUGAAUUGAUGGCUUUGAAAAUGCUAUCGAGUACACUUUGCUUCUGCUUAAUAUUUCAGUAUUUCCACGCAUGUUCAGUGCAGCCACGACGAAAUCGAAAGACAAUCAUCGACCUGCUGAACCAAGCAAUUGCCAGUGGAAGCAACGGCAUUUACCACCUACGACAUUUGUCGCAAGACGGUAACUUUUCGAGCAACCAGGGGUCAACUGGGAACAUUAUCCGGGCAACAACAGGGAGCACGGUUGUGUUUCGUUGUAGCGGAAGCAACGUUAACCUUUCCCCGAAUCCACAACCGGCGUCCUCACAAAUAUUGUUCAACGGGCAAUCACACAAUUUUACCAGCAAACGCCGUCGAAAGCGUGAGAACCGGGAUGAUGGCUUUGUUUGCUGUAAUUGCACGUCCCAAUGUGACACUAAGAAAUUACUACGGGAAAUGAUAAUACGACCAGAUCGUGUAACGGAUUCGUUCCUGGUAGAACUGGGGAACUUUUCCCAUAUACACAGCGGAACAUACGAUUGUGUCAGGUUUAACGACAACCAGUGGGUAUUGACCCAGACGUAUUUAGUUAGUCCUCAGCUAACGGCCUUAGAAGUGUUUCAGCCGCCAAUGCAAAAUGUGACAGCCAAAGUUGGUGAUGAUAUUCGUCUGCGGUGUUUUGUCAAAUUCUGGACAUUACGCGGUUCUUUGGAAAAGCGGUUUAUGUGGAGAAACGAAGAUUAUCUGAUAAUCGCGCCGGGAAUCAGAGCAUUCGGGGCAAGAAUGGAAUCCCGGCAAGGGUCGAGAUUAGGUGUACUGACCGAGCAUGACCUAGAUCUCAAGUGUCGAUGCCUGUCAACUUUAACGAUAUUUGACGUAAGAGAAAGUGAUACUGGCAGCUAUCAGUGUUGGUUUAAGAUAGAUGACCUUUUCCACGAGUGGGUGAUGCAAGAAGUUUAUCUUAGUGUAAUUUCUUGA